GAUACGGCAACGAAAGCAGCCUUGCCAUUAGUAAAGAUGGUGACAGCGUAAGUUGCAUCAGUCGCCUCCACACAUUGGCUUUGCUGGUGUGAAUUGGGUGCUCGGGACGUCAUCAACGCAGAAUCAGGGGAGCGCCCGGUGUGUGGGGAGCGCAGCGUGCUGUAGUGUGAUUGCCGCAGACAUGCCCAUGUACAGAGUGCAGCCAUUCAACAGCGGGGACAUCCAGGUAGAUCUGCCUAGCUGCAUGUACAGACUGCCCAACCUGCAUCAGCAGGUCACUGGACACCAUGAGCAGGAGCAAGCUGACCCAGCUCUUCAAGCUCUGGAGUCCAGGCAAGAAGACAUCUUGAAGCGCCUCUAUGAGCUGAAAGCUGCUGUUGAUGGCCUCUCAAAGAUGAUCCAGACUCCAGAUGCAGAUCUCGAUGUGACAGACAUUAUUCAGGCAGAUACGACAGCAGGUCCAGUCCCUCAGACAGCAGACUUGGACGCUAUACUUGGAAAAGAUUACGGUGCGUUAAGAGAUAUUGUCAUCAAUGCAAAUCCUGCUUUGCCUCCACUUUCGCUGCUGAUCCUGCACAGUCUGCUGUGUGACCGCUACCAGGUGCUGUCAGCAGUUCACACGCACUCUUCUGUCACUAACAUCCCAGAACCUCUUCUGAAAUGCUUUGGAGAUCAAGUGAAUAAAAAGUACCGACAGGAAUAUCAACUUGGCUUCACUCUCAUCUGGAAAGAUGUGCCUAAACCACAAAUGAAAUUCAGCAUUCAAAAUAUGUGUCCUAUCGAAGGAGAAGGCAACAUAGCCCGUUUCCUGUUCUCCCUCUUGGGCAACUCUUUUAACGCAGUUACGGCCACACUGAUUGACAGCUGGGUGGACACCGCCAUCUUCCAACUGAAGGAAGGCAGCAGUAAGGAAAAAGCGGCUGUAUUGCGGGCCAUGAACUCUGCAUUAGGAAAGUCACCCUGGCUGGUGGGAAAUGAACUGACCAUUGCAGACAUAGUCAGUUGGUGUGCCAUUCAGCAGUCUGGUAGCUCGACUGCCAUUCCGGCAAAUGUGGAGAAGUGGAUGAAGUCCUGCGAAAAUCUCACAUCCUUUCAUUCAGUGCUGAAGUUAUUAAAGUAAAAAGUAUAGCAAAAAAUUUGUGGGUGAGAAGAGUAAGAACAGGUCCCCCCAUAAUAAUAUAACAUGCAAGCAGUUCUUACGGGUAAUAGUCUGUGGAAAUCCUUCCUAAGAGCAUGUCGCCUACUUAUGGGCACCCUAAAAACUGCUAUUUUAUACAAAGAUGGUACACCAGAGAAAAAAUAAAAUCAUUUU